AUGGGACAGGGGGACUACUUGGCAGACGCUUGGGAAAAAGAAGAGACUGCGUACAUAAUAGAACGGUAUGUGAAGCUGAAGGCCACAAUUGAUAACUGGGAGACCAAGAAGAAGAAAAGAGAAAAACACAAAUUAGAAAGAGAACAGGCUGAAUUGGAUAAAAGAAGAGCAAAAUCCAUACAGAGCUACAGUGACAAAAUCACAAGAAUCGAAGUAAUUGCACGAGGAGCUCGAGAACAGGCAGACGAGGAUAGGAAACACGAGGAGUCCAAAGUGAAAGAGAAAGCAAAUAAAAUCAGAUUGACUGGAAAAACCCCAGCAACAUGCUUCUGCUUCUGA